AUGAAGAUUGUGCAGAUUUUUGCCUUUGCAUCGACAAUCUUGUCAGUGAUUCAUGGUAACGAGUAUUUGACUCGGGCUUCCGACACGAUGAAAAGCACGAUGAAAGAGGAGAACUAUAUUCAGCGUGGCUCUCUCGAUGCUACGACCAAGGACUAUCCGUAUAUUGCAAGUCUUCGCUUGGAAGAACUCGACACAACUUUUUGCAGCGGAACACUUAUUGUUUCGCAGUACAUUCUGACUGCAGGACAUUGUAUCAAGACAGAAACGGACGUCGUCAUUGCUCAUUUUGGAACGAGCUUUGGUGCUGGUUCCACUGGGGAGCAGAUUAAGGUCAUUAGUAGCUAUCGAUACCAGACGGACUUGUACGAUGUGGGACUGCUCAAGCUCGAGACACCGUCAAUGCAGAAGAGGGCGACUUUGUGUGCAGCGGACGGAUCGGACAACAUAAUUGGCACAAAGGCUACGGCCCUGGAGUGGAAAAUGACCGAGGACGGCUCACUCAGCCACACGUUUCAGGAAGUGCAUGUCGCGCUCAUUUCUAGCACAGAAUGCAACAUGCAGUAUAACAACAGCGACAACAUGGAGGGAAUGAUAUGUGCUGGAUACGAGGGCGUCAAGGACUCGUGCAGUGGAGGCAAUGGAGGUCCACUGGUUACCGCUGACGAUAUUUUGAUUGGAUUUGCGAGCUCGAGAGGCAAGUGUGGUGUUAACGUUGGUAUCUACACUCGUCUGACAUUUGUCCUAGACUAUAUAAACGCUAUUUUGAGUGGCGACACGGGUGCAACAACUCUUGCCGACUCCAUUAAUAAAUCUACAGUCAAAGAGUCAACAUCCUCAGUGACACUUGUAGGUGCUACCAGUACACCUGCGGGUGCUUUGGCUUCCACAGCGGUAGCUCAAAUGGUGCCUAUUGCCUCUGACUGCACGUUCCAUCGCCAUUUGUCAGAGAAACCAGCUGUGGCGACAGAGAAACCGAAACCGGCGACAGUAGACGAAAUGGAAGAUGCGAUUGAGAAAGAUAUGGAUUCUGCCGAAAAGGCGAAAAAGAUUGUUCAUGCAGUAACGGCUGAAGCUGACAAGGAGAUUGAAAUGAUGUCGGACGACUCCAGCAUGGAUGGUAAGAUAGCUAAUAUCUUGAGGACCAAAGUCACUGCUGAAGAGGAAGAAAAGGUGCUCGACGAGGAGAUCAAGGAAGACGAGGAACAGGAAGACGAGAUAUAUAAAGAAGAGAUUGAGAAGUUUAUAGAGGACGAAGACGCAAUAGAACAAGAAGAAAAAGAGGACGAUACAUCUGCCAAAACGUCCGAUAAGUCGUCAAAGAAGACCUCAACGAAAGCCAAGGCUAAGAGUGAAGAACACGAGGAAACUACUAAGGCAACUAAGAAGUCAGCUAAGAAGGCUAAGGGUAAAGAAGAGAAAGAGGAAGAGAAAGAGUUGGAGGAAGAGAAAAAAAUGGAGAAGCUGGAGGAGAAAGAGGACAAGGUGGAGGAAGCAAAAGCGGAAGCAAAAGAGUUAGAGGAAGAGUUUGAAGAAGAGUUAGAGGAAGAGGAAGAGGAAGCAGAAGAGGAAGAGGAAGCAGAAAAGGAAAAAGCAGAAGAGGAAGAGGACGAUAAAGAAGACGAAGACGAAGACAAAGGAGACGAAGACGAAGAUAAAGAAGACGAAGACGAAGACAAAGGAGACGAAGACGAAGAUAAAGAAGACAAAGACAAAGACAAAGGAGACGAAGACGAAGAUAAAGAAGACGAAGCUAAAGAAGACGAAGACGAAGCUAAAGAAGACGAAGCUAAAGAAGACGAAGAUGAAGAUAAAUAA